AUGUCACAGUACGCUGCUGCGGCUACCGCUCCCCCGAGCACCUCGCCUCAACCGCCACAGCAGCAGUCAUCCGCGACCCAGCAGUCUGCCUCCAGCGGCACCUUAACGGCCGCCCAACAAGCCGCACAGCAUAAGCGCGUCUACCAGGCUUGCAUCCCGUGUCGCCGGCGCAAGGUCCGAUGCGAUCUUGGCAGCGUCGACAACCCCAGCGACCCCCCGUGCGUGCGCUGCCGGCGUGAGAGCAAGCAGUGCUUCUUCAGCGCCACCCGCCGCAAGCGCAAGCACGAUGAGGAGGACGACGAGGAAGACGACUACGUGACCCGAAACGGGCGGAGGAGGCACACCUCGGACAACGCCUCGCCUCCGCCUGUCUAUCACAGGAACUCGUAUAGCACUGUUCCCCUUACCCCAGGAGCUACCGGUGGGAAGCAGCAGCCCCGUCGGCGCCCGGACAACGAGAGACAUGACAGCCGUGGCACCAUAUUCUCCGACUUUGGCGAGGACUCGAGCGCCCAGUUGGAGAACCUCGAGGCCCAGGCCGUCAUGAGGAAGGAGGUCUACGGCCCGCACGAUGCCCUGGAUCUGCUCUACAAAGCCGCCACCGACAACUCCCAUGCACAGAGUCUUGUUCGCCCCCCCGAGAGCUCAGCGCCGGCCACGGAGCCGGCGCAGAGCCACCUAUCGAGCAACCGCCCGUCGAGAGACUCUGCUACGAACGGCCGCCACUCCUCGGCGCGUGUGCCAUCCAGGUCUGCAGACCCGAUAGAUCCUCGUUUGCUCCCCUCGCCCAACACGCACCCGCGGGAGGCCGAACAAGACGAAAUCGAGAAGAGACUCGAUGUUCGCCACGAGCCCGGUUACGAAAAUGCGCUCAAGGCUUGGGGACGCUUCCGAUUUGUGCGAGCUGGCUGGUUCACGCGGGAAGAGGCAGUGAAGUACAUCACAUAUUACUAUGAGUUCCUCUCGCCAAUGACUCCAAUAUCUCCGCCCACAUACCGCAAUCCGGCUCUGCAUCCCACCCUUUUGGAUGAGGAACCCGUCUUGUCGGUGACGCUCUUGACAAUUGCCUCGAGAUAUUACCAGAUCAAGACGACCGGCGGACACUGCCGCUCUCACGCCAUCCAUGAAGAGCUGUGGAGGUAUCUUCGUCGCAUGAUCGAGAGAUGUUUCUGGGGGCAGGAGGCAUUCGGAGGCGGCUUUUGCGGCUCGGGUGCUGAUCAGACUUCCAGCACAGCUCCCUCUAGGGGCUUGAGGAAAGGCAGCCUGAGAACACUGGGUACCAUUGAAUCGCUGAUGAUCCUGACUGAGUGGCAUCCUCGAGCACUUCACUUCCCACCGGAUGAGGCCAUUGACGAGCUGAUGCUCCCGUCGUAUGAUGGGCCUUCCAACCUGAGCACGGAUGAUGAUAAUACUCACAACCGCCUGGUGAAUGGUGUGCCUGGGGGUCGAAGAAUCGAAGGUUGGCUGGAGCCUGCUUGGAGAAGUGAUAGGAUGUGCUGGAUGUUGCUCAGCACUGCCAUGGGCCUAGCCUACGAGUUGGGAGUCUUUGACAACAUGGAUACUCUGCUAGCCGAUAUUACACGGCCUGAGUACGAGGAUGAAUCAUACCGCCUACGUGCAAUGAGAAUCAAGCGUCUGAUCCUGGUCUACCUCACGCAGCUGGCAGGUCGUCUAGGCUGGACCAACAUGGUCCCGGAAAGCAUUCGCAAAUCCGAUCCUUACCAUUCGGGCCAGAGGCGCCCAACCUCCCACGAAGGCAACACACCCGGUACCAACAAUUCGACCAUCUCCACCAUCAACUACGUUCCUGAUGUGGAGCUGGAUGAUCAGAUCAUUCACUGCUGGGUUGGAAUCAGCAAUGCAAUGCACAUCGGUAAUCAGACUCUGUUCAAGUCGCACAAGCACACGACCCAUAUCAUUCAAAGUGGAGAGUAUACCACCCAGCUGAAAAAAUUCGACCCAAUCUUGAAGGACUGGUGGAAGACUUUCGAGCAGGUCCGCAUGCCUACUUUCAUCCGCCACAUUCUCACCAUUGAAUACGAAUACGUACGGAUCUACGUCAACUCGCUAGCCCUGCAGGCUGUUGUUGAGAGGUGUACCAAUAAUGCUGGCAACAGCAACAACACCAUACAGGGCAUGCAGAGCGUUCAAGGGGGGCAGCAAGUUCCGCUAUCGUCGCAGGCUGCCCAGCAUUAUCUGGGAGGUCUUCCACUGGGUCCUCUGGGCGGCUUCGGAACCGAGGAUCAGGAAUUCGUCACUCAGGUGGCCGAUGGUUGCCGCAACUUGCUCAGGACUGUGGUCGAUGACCUUCUUCCCGGAGGUUAUCUCAAGCACGCCCCGGUCCGCACAUACUUCAGGAUCAUUAGCGGUGCCAUGUUUUUGCUGAAAACAUUCGCUCUUGGCGCGCCGAAAUCUGAUGUGGAACUCAGUAUCUCGCUCAUGGAUCGUACAGUCGAGGCUCUGCGAAACUGUGUUGUCGACGACGUCCACCUGGGGACCCGUUUUGGUGAUCUUCUUGAGUCCCUUACGAAUCGUUUGAGGGUUCGCUUCAAGACGGCUCCCACCAAUGCGGGCGCGCAGCCAAACGGACGGAACAACCAUGGCGAAGUCAGCAAGCCCGCAAGCGUCAAUGGUAAUUCCAAUGGCGCUGAAAAUGGAUUUACCGACUCUGCCCUGAAGACCAGGGACGGACUUCUUGCACCUGAUCGGGCAACAACACCUUCUCUCCUAAUCUCGGCCACGCCGUUUGACAUCUCCACCGGCAACUUCCCUUACCCGACUGGCUCGUCUUCUGUGUUUAGACCCAGCACGCCUGCUCCAACUGGCUUAAAUCUCGAUAUCGGCGAUAUUUUCGAGCCCGUUCCAGACUGGACAAACCCAGACGACCAGAUGAUGUACCUUCCGACCGGCCCUGGCUUGUUCCAGACCAUGGGCGAGAAUUCCAACGUGACCAUGACCGACCAAGGUGUGAAUGUGGGAGGCAUAGAUCUCCUCGACUUCAUGGCCAUGGAUCAUCUUCCAUAUGGCAACAUGGACGGGAAUGGGUUCUAG